UUUUGCAAACUUAUUUGAUCUAUCACCAUGCUGGUAGGUAGCUAGAGAAGGCUUGGCCUACUAUGUUAGAUUUGACUAGGUGGUAAACAACUACGGUCCAAAGUGACUUUUCGUAGCAGGUUGGAGAAUUUAUGCAGCGGGUUAGGAUAAUUAGGUUAAGGUUAGGAAAGGUUUAGCAAAAAUGCUAAAAUUCUCCCCAACAUGCAACUUUGGACGUCCCUUUGGCUGCGUUAACACAGACAGAUGAAUUUGGAUCUUCUUUAUUUUACCACUAAUUGGUCUUUUGAUCAAUUAGAUCAGCUCUAAUGCCAAUAAUUGGGCAAAAGAUCAGAAUUAGGCUGGCUGUGUAAAUGCGGCCUUUGACAUAAACUGUAUCCCAUCUAGCCAAUCGCAUCAAAAAAAAAUUGAGAACUGGUCUGAAUGGCUAAAAUACCAAUUAGUGGGGGAAAAAAUAUCAGAAUUGCAGCCUGUUGGCCAUGUUGGUUAGAUAAUUGAUUACUGGUAGUUGCUUGUUUGUACCUCGUGCUCUGACGCAAACUCAACUCUCAAAAUAUUGCUAUCCGUGGUUAGCAGCUAGCAAAAAGGCGGAGAAAGUGUGCGCGCCAAAGUGUUUUUUGUUUACAAAUUCGCCAUGGCCCAAAGUAUUGACGGUGACAGGCGCAGGUCGGGUCAGACUGGGAAAAGUCUAUGCCAAUGCCAGAGUCCCCAUGACAACGAUAAUGUGGUCAUGCACGACCCUGAAUGCAACGCCAUACUGGAACUAGAUUCUUCAGAAUCGUCUGAGGAAUCUUCAGAAGAAGAAAUUGUGAAGUGUUCUACAGAGCCGGAGGUUGUAGGCCCAGCCAUGGAGCUGGAAAGGAGGAUUGAGGAGAUGAGGAGGCGAAAUGAGGCUUUGUUGAAAAGGUUCAAAGAAGUUGAGGAGGACAGGAGAAGGGCUGAGCGUAGGGGGGCAGCCCUGCUGCCCAAAAGCACCAAACUGGUCAAAACCAGUUAUUCAGCUCAUACCACUGAUGUGUCGGACCAGUGGGAGAGCCUCACCAUCACCGUAAUGAACCAGGACACCCGUUUGGUGGCAAGGCGGUCUAAUGGAGGCAGAAGGCAGCCCAAAUCACGGAGGUUGGAGGACCGCCUGGAAAAGAGAUGUGGGGAGGAGAAAAACAUUUUGGAGGAAAGGCAACUGAUAAUCUGCACUAUAGACAACGGUGAGGAUGCAGGAGACUACUGCACUGACCACAGUGGCAGCACAUCGGACGUAGAGAGGCGAGAGUACCUACGCUGGAAGAGACGCAACCGCUCGAUUGUGGAACUGCUCGACCAACACCAGGACAAUCUGGCAGUACACCUACAGAGCAGCAGGGAGCAGAUGGAACUGCUCGACCAGGACGACCUGGCAGUACACCUCCAGAGCAGCAGGGAGCAGCGUAAGAAGGCCCGUUAGCUGGACAAUGACACAAUUCUCAUUUUCUUGUUCAGUCAACCACUGUUUGUAUUUGUGCAUGUUUACUGGUGUAUUGCACUUUAUUUCUUGAUAUUUUCACUGUGAAUGGUACAUUUUUUUUUGUACUUUAUAAAUGAGCAACCACAAGCUUUGUUCUUCUUUCCUCACACUUUCUCUGACAGAGAGUAGAGGGAGAAUGAAGUUAACACUCAAUGUACUUGACUUCUCUCUAAAUUCUUAUUCUAGCAUGAUGCCCAGAGAUGUACCACCAUGGACCUUGAUUAAAAGUUGUCUUUACUCUGGGUUUUAUAUCCAAACCGUAACUUCGUUUGUACACUGAUAUGGUUCUGUUUGUGUAAUGAACUGUUCCCUGAAUUCCCCUGUUCUAAAUGUUAUUUUUGUCUGCGUAGCUGAUGUGCAAUUUGAUACAGGGAGGAGACUUCCUGAAUGUGUUCCAAUAUAAAUGUUUUUUUUUGUUCUGUUUGAUUCCAUUUUGGUUCUUAAAUGGUUUACAAAAAGAAUACUCACCUGGAGAACAACUACUGAAGUUUUUUUUUUUUUUUUUUUUUUAACCUUUAUUUAACUAGGCAAGUCAGUUAAGAACAAAUUCUUAUUUUCAAUGAUGGCCUAGGAACAGUGGGUUAACUGCCUGUUCAGGGGCAGAACGACAGAUUUGUACCUUGUCAGCUUGGGGGUUUGAACUCACAACCUUCCGGUUACUAGUCCAACGCUCUAACCACUAGGCUACGCUGCCGUUUACCGACUCAUGAUAGGUACAAUGUAUGCCAUUGAGCCAUUUUUGAUUGAAACCUCUUAAGGUAAAUUUUCAUUGGUAUAGCGGAAGCAAUUUAGU